UGAGAAAUCACAGCAGAGCCUCUCGUAUGGCUUGUAACUUAACCUUCUCUUCUCCUCCUACGUACCUCUAUAAGCACUCUUCCCCUUCCAACCUAAUGCAUCAUCUCUCUCAGAAUGGCCUCCAGCUUCUUUCUCUUACUCUCCCUAUUCCUCUUCUCAUCACUAUCAUCUUUCUCCCAUGCACUUUCCGAUGUCGAAGCCUCUUUCAUUGCUCGUCGCCAAAUGAUGCAUUUGGAGGAGAAUCAGGACUUGCCCGACAACUACGUAAGUAACUACAAAACAAACCUAAAAUUCGCUCACACCAGGCUAAAAGCUGCAUACAUUGCACUCGAGGCGUGGAAAAAAGCUAUCUACUCAGACCCCUCAAAUUUCACAUCAAAUUGGUCGGGCCAAGACGUUUGCUCCUACAAUGGAGUUUUUUGUGCACAGGCUCUUGAUGACAAAAAUAUCCAAGUUGUGGCUGGGAUUGAUCUUAACCAUGCAGACAUCGCAGGUUACCUUCCCCCAGAAGUUGGUCUGUUAACUGACCUUGCACUUUUGCAUAUAAACUCCAACAGGUUUUGCGGGAUCAUCACACACAGCUUUUCCAACCUUCGGAUUCUCUAUGAGCUAGACAUCAGCAACAACCGCUUUGUUGGGCGGUUCCCUGAACACGUGCUUGAAAUUUCAGAACUCAGAUACAUUGACAUCAGGUUCAAUGACUUUGAAGGGGAAUUGCCUCCUAAGCUUUUCAAACAAAGUUUCGACGCUAUAUUUGUGAACAACAACCGCUUCUCGUCCAAUAUUCCUGAGAACAUAGGAUCAACUCCAGCCACGGUUGUGGUUAUUGCCAAUAACAAUUUCUCAGGAUGCGUGCCUUCCAGCGUCGGCGAAAUGAAGUCGCUAAACGAGUUUGUUUUGGUCAACAACAACCUCACCGGUUGCUUGCCAGAAGAAAUUGGAAAACUCGAAAAAGUUACGGUGUUUGACAUAAGCUACAACAACUUCGUUGGCGUGUUGCCGAGGAACUUCAAUGGGCUUAAGAACGUUGAGUACUUGUCCAUUUCACAUAACAAGUUUACAGGUUUUGUCCCUCGUAAUGUUUGCAGCUUGCCCCAUUUGGUGAACUUCACAUUCGCCGAUAACUAUUUCAACGGAGAGGAAGAAGGUUGCGUACCUCAAAAGAAAGAGCCUCUGUUGGAGGAUGAGAAUAAUUGCAUACCAGAUAGGCCAAAGCAAAAACAGUCAAACGUUUGUAACGAGGUGAUAAGCAAGCCUGUGGAUUGUAGCAAAAACAAGUGUGGCCAUGGGGGCUCUCCAUCUUCCGGUUCUCCAUCAACGCCGUCUAAGUCACCCUCGCCACCUAAAAGUGAGAAACAGACACCAUCACCACAGCCCAAAUCUCCACCCACCCCUUCACAACAGCAACAGCCCAGCUCUCCCCCUCCGACACCUAAGCCACAGCCACCACCUACCCCAACUCCACAACAACAACAACCCACUCCCCCCACGCCUCAACAACCCACACCCUCACCACCACCACAGGAUGAUACCCACAGCGAAUCACCCAAGAAUCGUGAAAGAACUCCACCACCUGUCCACUCUCCUCCACCACCUGUCUACUCUCCUCCACCACCUGUCCACUCCCCACCACCCCCUGUUCAAUCUCCACCCCCACCGGUUCACUCUCCUCCACCACCGGUUCACUCUCCUCCACCACCGGUUCACUCUCCUCCUCCACCGGUUCACUCUCCUCCACCACCGGUUCACUCCCCUCCCCCCCCAGUGCAUUCUCCACCACCACCCGUCCAAUCUCCUCCCCCACCCGUUCACUCUCCUCCCCCACCCGUCCAUUCUCCUCCUCCACCCGUCUUCUCUCCUCCUCCCCCAGUUUACUCUCCACCUCCACCUGUUCACUCUCCUCCUCCCCCAGUUCACUCUCCACCUCCACCUGUUCAAUCUCCUCCUCCACCAGUUUACUCUCCUCCGCCGCCUGUUCACUCUCCACCACCUCCAGUGUACUCUCCACCACCUCCAGUGUACUCUCCACCGCCACCAGUGCAGUCUCCACCACCUCCUACACCAACUCCUUCGCCUCCUAUGGAAGACGUCGUCCUUCCCCCUCACUUCGGCUCUUCUUAUGCUUCACCCCCUCCACCUACCAUUGCCGGCUACUAG